GAGUGAUCAGGUCUCAGAGUCUCACAGUCUCAGUCAGGGUUCAGAUCAGCGCUCAGUCUCACAGUCUCAGUCCGGAUUCAGGCGCGUCACGAUUCAUAUCAGACCUCCGUCAUGAAGUCUGCCUCCGUCUUUCUGUCUCUGGUUCCGGUUCUGCUCCUCCUCUCGGACCGGGUCUCUGCGGGUCCGGGCUGCGGACCGUGUGACCCGGCUCAGUGCGCUCCUCUCCCGGCGGACGGCUGUCCCGCCGGUUCUCAGCUGGACUCCUGCGGCUGCUGCUCGGUGUGCGCCGCUGCGGAAGGAGAGCUGUGCGGCGGCCGCCGCGCGGCAGCGCGCCGCUGCGGCCCCGGACUGGAAUGCAUCAAAAGCAAUGAGGACAAGAAGAGCAAGCUGGGCGUGUGCGCGUGCAAGACCAACUACGAGGUCUGCGGCACCGACGGGGUCACGUACCGGAGCGGCUGCGCACUGAAGAGCGCCAACCUGAAGGCCGAGAGGGAGGGCAAAGAGCCAAUCAGCAUCCAGAACAAGGGCCGCUGCGCCUCAG